AUGUAGUUGCACUAAUGUCUAAAGUGGACUAUCAAAAUAAAGUGUAACCCAGGAUUUCAUGUUUAAGUCAAUGCUGUCUCCUUAUAAUUUUUCGUGAACUUCUCUCAAAGUGAAAGUGUUGGUCCUGCACCAUAUUUCUGUGUUUGCAUCUGUCGAUGGUUUUUGUCAGUGAUGUUCAGUGUGGUGUUUAUCGUGAGGAUCUGGAGGGUUUCGUCUGUAUAGAGCGACGAGAACAACAGAUGUGUGGCUGUAUCUGAUUAAUAAUGCAGAUCUCCAUUCUUCUUGUAUGUGCUCUGAAUAAAUGCGGUUCUGCGCAUGUGAGUCCAGCUGUGUGUGAUUGUGUGUUGUCUCCGGUGACGGCUCAUUACGGGGGUGUGAUGAUGAUGAUGAAGGAGAGGAGGAGCGCGAGGAGCAGGAAGCCUGCAGCUGUGGAUCGGACCGCAGUCAUGGAGAGCGUCUUCAGAGGACUGAGCGCCGCUGUCUUCCUCAACACCUGGACACAGUUCAACCGAGAUGACGGACUCCUCGAGCGCAGGACACUGGACCAGUUCUUACACUGCUUGCUGAAGACACUGAAGACCCGUGACGUGUCGGAGCAGCAGCUGCAGGCGCUCAGAGAGACGCUCGUGUCCCGCUGUGACGUCACAGGAGACGGACUCCUGCAGAUGGAGCAGGUGGCGGCUGCGCUUCUGCCCGAGCAGGAGAACUUCCUGCUGCUGUUCCGCCGGGAGACGCCGCUGGAGAACAGCGUGGAGUUCAUGAGGAUCUGGCGCUGCUACGACACCGACAGCAGUGGAUACAUCUCUGCCGCCGAGCUGAAGAGUUUCCUGCGGGAUCUUUUCCAUCAGCACAACAGACAGAUCACUACAGCCAAACUGGAGGAGUACACUGAUACGAUGAUGAAGAUGUUUGACAAGAACCAGGAUGGGCGUCUGGAUCUGAAUGAUUUGGCGAGGAUCCUGGCACUGAAGGAGAACUUCCUGCUGAAGUUUGAGAUGGAGGCCUGCAGUCACGAGGACCGACGGAGAGACUUUGAGAAGAUCUUCGCUCACUAUGACGUGAGUAACACUGGUGCACUGGAGGGCGCGGAGGUCGAUGGUUUUGUCAAAGACAUGAUGGAGCUGGUGAAGCCCAGUCUCAGCGGAUCAGACCUGGACAAGUUCAAGCAGGUUCUGCUGGGUCACUGUGACAUCAACAGAGACGGAAAGAUCCAGAGGAACGAGCUAGCACUGUGUCUGGGGCUCAAGCUCAAUCCCUGAUGUGUGUGUGUGUGUGUGUGUGCUGAAAGUAAUUAGUGGUCAGUAGAGUGUGUGUCUGUCAUUAGUGUCUGUCACUCCUGUACACUUCACUACAUCACUCUGUGUGUGUGUGUGUG